GCUCCACUUAUCGCACAGUGCUGUCUAGCAUGCUUUGGUGGGACACUGUAUGGCAGACCCGUCGAUCAAGGUGGGGACAUACAUGUUGCUACGGAUGGCAACUUUCAUCAUCGUCACCGACGUUCUGCGGGUGACUGUCCUCGCUUCUAUGAACCAACUUAUUUCCUUUCGAAACAGUUUGUUGAUGCAAUCGGGCGCCGAAUUGAUGCACAACGUAAACGACCUCUGAAGCUAUGCACAUCCCUUGUGCCUGAUGAAGCUAUUGAUCAAUGUGAGAGUGCAUACGAAGCAGCCGAUGGGAAGAAACAAAAGGCUGCGAUGGACAGCUUCGACGACACAGGAAUAAUGGCCCUCAUUUGCCGUCAUGACAUUCCCUUAUUUUUUGCUAAUAUCAACUCUCCUGGAGAGCAGCAGAAAUAUUUGGUAGCACUGAUAGAACACCUGUUCACAUUACUCCCUCCUCAAGCCACGGUUGUUACGCUCUAUGAUGUAGGCUGUGUUCUCGCUCGGAGUCGCUUUCAAAGUUUGAGAUUCUCCCCCCCUGAAGUUGUCUCACGUCUGCGCUUUGCGACUACGGCUAUGCAUGCCUAUGGUCAUGAAUGGGCCUGUCAGCUGGUGCACAAUCCACGGAUUUGCAUAGGCCUUGGCUUAUCUGAUGGCGAGGGGACUGAACGGUUAUGGUCACGAUUCGUUCGCUUGAUUGGUGUAGAAAGGUCAUCAUCACGCCGUCUUUGGUUAAUCGACCGUCAAGCCACUGCGAUAGGGUCAGAAAUGAAAGCGGACCUUGGAGACUGGAUCAGACACCGUCUCAAUCGGGGCAUUAAGGCCCAGGGCUCUGCUGCCCUCGACAUCAUUGACCGCUGUGAAACGUCUGUGGAUGACUUGCAGGCUCAGUGGGCUGACCAACGACAAGCCCAGCUCUCGAUUUGUGCUCGUGAGCAAUCCUAUGAUAUGCACGCACUGAAUACUGAUGCUGGAUGUUUCUAG